ACUGAUGUAGACAAAGUGUAAUUAAUUAAAUUAAAUUAAUUAAUUUUUCUUUCCUUUUCAACUUUUAUUUUAGAAUCAGGAAGUACCUGUGCAGGUUUGUUACAGAAGUAUAUUGCAUGAUACUGAGGUUUGGAUUAUGAUGGAACUCACUAUCUUGGUAAAGAGCUAAGUACCCAAUAGGCAGUUUUUCAGCCCUUGCCCUCCUUGCCCUUGUGAUCUUUUAAAUGUGUCCUUUCUUUCAUUCAUAAUAUGCUAAGCCAACAAAUAGUUUGAAGGACCAUAAAAGAGAGAUAAGUUGGCUAUGAGAGGGCAGUAAGAAACUCCAGCAGUGCUAUAAUACACCACAUAUAAGUCUUUAUGGCAGUGUCACUGUAUUUUCCAAUUAGAAAUAAUAGUUAUUAUAAAUUACAUUUUUUCACAGCCCCAAGUAUUUACUUAACACACACAAAAAAAUAAAUUAAAAUUCUCCAAAAUAAUGGCAGUAGAAAUUAUGGCAGCAAAUGCAAAGACUGAAAAGUUAAGAUAAACAAAAUUAAAUUCACCACGGAGGCUUUAAUGUGUUUAUUUUGUAUAUAUAUGUAUCUGCUUAUGAAUUCUAUUUAUGAAUAUAUGCAUUUUAAAAUAGCUGUUAUUUACUUUUCCUGAGAACCAUUGUUUGAAUUUUAUAAGGAGAAAUAACAAGGUGAUUUUUAAAAAAAUGUGAAUAUCUUAUUUCUUUCAAGUUUUAUUUUAGACACAGGGAGUACAUAUGCAGGUUUGUUACAGGGGGAUAAUGCACUUAGGUAAUGAGCAUCAUACCCAACAGGUAGUUUUUCAACCCAUUUACCCUCACCCCAGUAGCUCCCAGUGUCUAUUGCUGCCAUCUUUCUGUCCAUGUGUAGCCAGCGUUUAGCUCCCACCUAAGUAAGAACAUGCAGUAUUUGGUUUUCGUUUUCUGUAUUUGUUCACUUCAGAUAAUGGCUUCCAGCUGCAUCCAUGUUGCUGCAAAAGAGAUGAUCUAGUUCUUUUUAUGGCUGCGUGGUAUUCCAUGGUGCAUACUUACACACUAUUGGUGAGAAUGUAAAUUAGUCCAGCCACUGUCGAGAGCAGUUUGGAGAUUUCCCAUUGAUAGAAUUGGAAUUUCCAAUUGGUCAGCAGAGAGGUGAUGCUAAAUGAGUCAAGCCAACAUGGUAACGCCUAACUCUUAAGUUACUUCAGUAGAAAUGGCACCCUGUAGUCAGCAAUGGUAGUUGAUGAGAAUCAGGGAAAACAGCAGGGCCUGUGGAAGCCUCCUCUGGAGAGUGGUGUUUUCUGAUAGAACAUUGCAGACCAGCCCUGGACUGUCACUCAUGAUUACCAUCUUGUAUGGGCUCCAUCUCUCUCUCUCUCUCUCUCUCACACACACAUGCACACACACACACACACACACACACACACACACAGACGCACACACCCUGUAUAUAUACUACUGAAGUAAUUUAGAAGAAGUAAGUUACAGGCAUUUUAGCAGUGGGGUUUUAUGAAACCUGAUUACCAUUUAGCACAAGCUGCAUUAGAAAUUUAUCAGAAAAGUUGAGUGAGGAGAUCAAGGCUUUGGGGAGUCACUGUGGGAAUGAUACAUGAAGAGGUGUCAGCUGAAACCAUGGGAGUGGAUGAGCUUUUCACAACAUUACUGUGUUCAUAUGGCAUUAACGUAUCAUACUUUUUCUUUCAAGAGUGUGUGUAAAGAAGGAAGAAUGGAGUUCUAAAAACUCAGAGUCUUCUUAAUCCUGCUUAAGAGAGGUUUAUGAUGCUAAGGACUGUCAAAGGUACUAUUGAUUUUCUCCUGGAACCCCUGGCAGAGGAGAGCCUCAGUAGGGUGGUCUGGGGGAGUCAGAGGCAAGGUUUAACAGUAAGUGGGAGAAAAGGUUCUGGGAGUACAGAUACAGUCUGGCUUUGAAUAAAGUGAGACGUGGAGGGAGAGUAGAAAAGAAUCACCAGAUAAAGUUACUGGAGAUAGAUGAUAUUAAUAUGUUUUACUUUUUCCAAUUACUUUUUAAGUGAUCAGAGAUGAAUGAACAAUCAGAGAAAAACAAUUCCAUUCAAGAGAGACACACAGAUCAUAGUUUUCCUGAGAAGAACUGUCAAAUUGGACAGAAACAACUGCAACAAAUAGAGCGGCAGUUAAAAUGCUUGGCAUUUCGAAACCCUGGACCACAGGUAGCAGACUUUAAUCCUGAAACAAGGCAGCAGAAAAAGAAAGCCCGGAUGUCAAAGAUGAAUGAAUAUUUUUCUACAAAAUACAAAAUAAUGAGGAAGUAUGACAAAAGUGGCAGGCUCAUCUGUAAUGACGCUGACCUAUGUGAUUGUCUAGAGAAGAACUGCCUGGGCUGCUUCUACCCAUGCCCCAAGUGUAACUCCAACAAGUGUGGGCCCGAGUGCCGCUGCAACCGACGGUGGGUUUACGAUGCCAUCGUCACUGAGUCAGGAGAGGUCAUCAGCACGCUGCCAUUUAAUGUUCCUGACUAGGUGCUCUUGUAUAUGGACUGAUUUGUUUCUUCUUCUUACACAUUUAAGUCAACCUCUUUCUUUUGGGUGAAUUUUAGGGCUUGGGGGAAAUAUUGAAAAAACAUACUGAAGACUCGUCUUCUGUCAAGCCCCAGAACAAUGUAGAAUGGGCAAUAAUUCUGUAACCUUCUUAACUGUGUCAACAAUUUUCAAGUCCCUUAACUUGCAACCAAAGAAUGUAACAAUGGAGGGAUCAGCGUUUCUCAUCAGCACCCUCAUCUCUACUCUGCCUUCAAAUUAAAACUCUCUUCCCUCUUUGCUGAUAUCUGAGAAAAUGUAGCUUUAAGAUUUUCAAAACUCUGUAGCUGAGAGCUUUUCUUACACAGAACAUAGAAUCUUAAAUUUAUAAUAUCUAGUUAUCCUUAGAAUCUUAUACAUCACUAGCUGUAAAUCAGAAUUGCCAUUUGGAUUUUAAAGAAAAACUGUGACUUUGCACUGUAUACCCAUAGACUCAUUUUUUUAUUUUUCAUGUUUUAAUAACAUUAAAAUGAAAUUUAGUAAUA